AACUCAAAAGUCAGUCAGAGUGGAUGAUAAUAUUAGGAAGUCCGUCAAGCCAUGAUCAGAAAGAGUCUAACAGCAUUCUGACCUUUGACACAUAUACAAUCUGUUAAAAAAGGUAUGUUUGGCUCAUAGACUAUUGAGUUCACAGCCACUCGGCGUGAGCAGAACAUGGUUUUGUUGCGUCCAAAGCCCUCAAUGUUGUGGCUCGUUGCUGUUGUUCUGACAGCACAUGUGAGUGAAGCUGCAGGGAAACCGAAACUGAUCGAGGAUGGGGCGGCCUGUGAGUCCAUGGACUCGGCGGCGCUCAGCCUCCGGUCCAGUAAAGCCUCUUCCCCGGACGGCCCGGAGCCAGGAGACCCCGCCGCCGCGUUCAGGGUCGCCACUCUGGACGGGGAGUUCUCCUACGAGCCCGGUGCUCAGCGGGGUCCUCUCAUCAUCCACGCCUUCUCCAACAAGUCUGCCUUCCUGGAGUGCCUGUGGAGCUCGGAGUCGUCCCUGAGCAGCCUGGUGGAGGAGCUCCCCGCCAGCAGCCAGGUGCUCUUCCUGUCGCUGGACGACUCCGCGGUCAGUGACGCUCUGUGGAUGAGGGAGCAGCUGCAGAGGGUCGCCAUGCGCAGCAAAAAGGAGGUUCUGUCCAGGCUGCACUUCUCUCCGGUGCCGGUCUUCGCUCUGGGGAACUGGAUCCCCAAUGUGCUUUACUACUGGCGCUGCAUGGGGCGUGGCUGCGUCUUCUCCCAGGUCGUUUUCAAAUCCAAAGAGUGGCACAUGCCUAUAAUCAUCAAGAGACUUGAUGCCCGGUACGAUUGGCUCUCAGUGCGCUGGGAUCAGAGGACGUAUCUGCUGACGGAUGCAGGCGACGGGUGUGAACCUUCCCCCUCGGUGGAGGGUGCUCUGGCCUGGGUGUCUGAGGGCGGCUGCUCCUUCUUCACUAAGGUGCAGAGCAUGACUAAAUCCAACGCCUCCGGUGUCCUUGUCUACACUCUGCCCGGUAACCCGAUCCAGGACAUGAACUGUGUCGGGGAUGAGUGCGACACGAAACUGGGCAUCCCCGCUGCCAUGGUGCAUCUGGAGGUUUCCGUCGCCCAGGCGCUUCAGUUUGGACAGCCGGUGUUUGUGUCCUUCCAAUACACUCCGUCCCCAAACUUCUUCAUCAGUAUUGACCAUCAGGGGCUGCUGGCUGAGAUGGGCUGGUUCAUUUACCCCUCAUUCAGCUUCAUCAACUGGCAGGCACAGUGGUUUGAUUUUUAUGCAGAUCUUCAGACCAAACUUCAAAGUCCUGCAAAGAUUAUUUCAGUCUUUGACAAAGUCCUAAUGCAGGGGGAGAAAGGAGCAGUGGCUACAGUCGACCUGCCGCUAGCCAUGUCAAAUUUUGACAAGCUGGAGCUGGACGCGUCUCUGUCGUGUCCCGGCAGGAGAGACUCGUCCUGCGCUCACUGGGAUCACACAGUGCAGCUGUUUGUCUGCUGCGAUCCCCUCGGCCCGCACUGCAACAUGGAGCUUGGUCGAUGGAUCACAGCCUUCCGCAGAGGUACUGGGCGCUGGCUGACAGACGUGUCUCCUCUGAUCCCCCUGCUGGACGGCAACAGGUGUACCCUCACCAUGAAGACGGUGUGGUGGGCGAUGCCGUGGAUCGCCUCCCUCAACCUGAGGUUCAGUGUCGGCAACAAGACCGAUUAUCGUGUAGAGACACUCCGCCCAUUCAGAGUAAUGGCACUGUUCAAUGGGGGAACCUUUGACAAAAACUACAACAAAAGAUUUAAGCCAACCGAAGUCCACAUCCCGGCAUCAACCAAAAAGGUGGAGUUAUACGCCAUCAUCACAGCUCACGGCUACGAUGACAACCACUGUGGAGAAUUUUGCAUCACCUCCCACAACUUCUUGAUCAACAAUGUUUUUAACAACACUCUCAUAUUCGAUUCUGCCGGAUCACCUUUGGGCUGCACCCUGAGAGUGAAAGAGGGCGCGGUACCAAACGAGCACGGCACAUGGCUGUACGGACGAGGAGGAUGGUGUGAUGGACUGCAGGUCGACCCCUGGAGGACGGAUAUCACCACACAGCUGAACAUGAGCGAGUUUAAUUCAAACACGAUUGUCUACUUUGGCUUGUUCGAAGGAAAGGAUCCUAAUCCAUCUCAGGAUCCUGGAUACAUCAUCAUGUCUUCUCUUCUUGUCUUUUACAAAUAAUGCCAAUUUGGAAAACUUCAAAUAAUUAAUGUAACACUGGAUGUACGAUCGAAGUCAAAUAUAGAAAGUAUUUUUCUACGUUUUUUA